GGGAAAACAAACAACAUUUCCCAUGAGUCAAUCCGAUUUCCCGGCAAAUUUUACACGUGCCGCGAUUAAUUCGAAAUCCUGACUCAGACUGAGGAGAAAUAUUGACCAUGUCCCAGGAGAAGCCAGAUGCUGGCAGUCAGACACAGUCGCAGCCUCAGACUCAGUCCCAGAGUGGUUCCAGCUCCUCCUCUGGGUCAGGCACGCUCAGCUCAGUGGACACCAUCCCUGUUAGGGACCUUGGCUCCAUACCAGAGGAGCCUGAGCCACAGCCCUGGGGUCGCCUGCUGCCUAUGCAGAGAGGCUUCAGAGCCCACAACUGUGUUGAGGACGACGCUUGGUUUGGCCGGGACACUAAAUGUAACUAUUGCUUUGAUGACCCCGUACUGAAGAAAUCACCCAGAUUUGCUACAUACAGCAAAAAACAUUUCAGAAUAUUCAGAGAGCAGAACAUUGUCUAUGUCUUUGACAACAGUGGUAAUGGCACGUUUGUUGACGGUAAAAUUCUUGGAAAAGGAAAAACGUUGCCACUAGCAAACAAUGCAGUGUUGUCCCUAGCUGAGGAACGCCAUAAAGUGUUUGUGUUCAUUGAUCUCAUGGCGGAUGAACAGUCCAACCUCCCCAAAGAGUUCAGUGAGAAAUACCUGAUCACCAAAAAGAUUGGAGCUGGUGUGUGCGGGGAAGUGAGGCUGGCCUUUGAGAGGGCCACUUGCAAAAAGGUGGCUGUGAAGACAAUCAACAAGAAGGACUUCCCAGCAUCUGUUGGCACUGCCACACGAAAUGCGGAACGAGAGAUCCAGAUCCUCCAAAAGAUUGACCAUCCAUGUCUAAUCAAAACAGAAGACUUCUUCCAAACAGAUGACUCAUACUACAUUGUUUUAGAGCUCAUGGAGGGUGGAGAACUCUUUGACAGGGUCAAAAGCAAGCACCAGAUCGAGGAGUCAAUUGCCAAGCUCUAUUUUUACCAGAUGUUGAAAGCCGUAGAGUACCUUCACAAAAAUGGCAUCAUCCACAGAGACCUCAAACCUGAAAAUGUGCUGCUUUCGUCACAGGACGAUGUUUGUGUCAUCAAGAUCACAGACUUUAAUCAGUCCAAGAUACUGGAGGAGUCUGCCCUGAUGAGGACCCUUUGUGGAACACCCACGUACCUGGCACCCGAGGUGUUCACCGACGCAGUCACCGUGGGUUACAGCAGGGCCGUAGACGCCUGGAGUUUAGGGGUCGUCCUGUUUGUGUGCUUGGCAGGCUAUCCCCCGUUCCACCCUGAUGCACAAACUGGUUUGUCAGUCAGGGAUCAGAUCACGCAGGGAAUUUAUACAUUUAUUCCAUCCAAAUGGGACGGCAUCUCGGAUGAUGCUAAAGACGUCGUGAAGAGGCUGCUUGUAGUGGACCCCAAUGCCCGCCUCACCAUUGAGGAGGCUUUACACCAUCCCUGGCUGAUGGAUGAGGCCAUGAAGGAGACUGCUGAAUGCAUAAUGUACCCCAAGGACUCUGGAGAUGCCACAGCAGCUGCUGCCACAGCAGACUCAGGAGAUGCCACAGCAGCUGAUGCCACAGCAGACUCAGGAGAUGCCACAGCAGCUGAUGCCACAGCAGACUCAGGAGAUGCCACAGCAGCUGCUGCCACAGCAGACUCAGGAGAUGCUACAGUAGCUUCAACUACAAAGAGGUCAAGAGAAGAUGACGGCGAGCAGCAGCCGGCAAAGAGGAGACCAGGCCCAUCCACAGAGGCAACAUGAGUCACAUUUCAUCCUCAUCACCCCAUUGGCGACUCCCCCAGGUCGUUUUCCACCGGCAAUUAGGCCUCCUGGAAAUCUACCAGUAUAUUGCAUUUUAUCACACAUCUAUAGCUGUUUCCAUUAACUUGUCCAAUGAUUUUAGACAUUUAGAACGUUCGCAUAGAAAAAUAGAUGCGACAAUUGCCUGCUGCGGUGCGUUUCCAUUUAACUCUCUUGUGUCAAUAGAAACAGCUAUAUAUAAUGACGUCACACAUAAAUGCCUUUUUUUAGCGAAAAAAAUAGUUUCGAAUAAAAAUUAAGUGGUUGAAGUGUUUCCAUUAAUAAAUUUGCUACAGCCUGUAUGCCCUAACACCUAUCUGUUUCAUGUCUCAGGUAGCCCGCAAAAGCCAGCGUGGAUAGAAUGCAAGAAUGUACUAAUAUUUGCCAUAUUUUAAUAAUUAUCAUGUGCCAACAUAUCGCCAUGGUGAAACUUGCACUCCUGUAGCCUAGAUUUUAAAUAAUUGGAUGGUGAAACUUGCAUCCAGCCAACCAGAAUAGCAAGGCGAAGCAAUUCAGGCCUUCCUGAAAGUUCAGACAAUUGUCCUGCAAAGAAACAUUAUUUUUAUAGUUGAAAAAUAGAUUGAGCAAGCAGUAGGCAUUUAGAAUUGAAUGUGGAGUGGAGCUUCCAAAUUCGACAAUCAUCAUUUAAUAAAAAAACACCUUUUCCAUUAUCAAGUUCGACAAACGAAAAAUCCACCCGUCGAACAGAUAAAAAUGUUGGCAGCUAUAGAACAAAUGUUCUAAAGAUCGACAUUUCCUUUACAUAUGGUGAAAUCAUCUGAAAUGUACUUGAUUAACGUUACUAUACUGAACAAAAAUAUAAAUGCAACCAUUUUUAUUUUAUUGAGUUAGUUCAUUUAAAGAAAUCAGUCAAUUGAAAUAAAUUCAUUAGGCCCUAAUCUAUGGAUUUCACAUGACUGGGAAUACAGAUAUGCAUCUAUUACUCAGAUACCUUUAGCAAUAUGGGCCUCAGGAUCUCAUCACGGUAUCUCUGCAUUCAAAUUGCUAUCAAUAAAAUGCUAUUUUGUCUGUAGCUUA